CCCCGGGCGCUCCCCGCCGCCGCCGGGCCCCGGCCCCGCGCCGUGGCCGCGAUGGACCCCUGCUCUUCGCUCUUCAGCUACGUGUUAAUGCACUUGUUCGUCCUCUGCCUGCAAGCCCAGGUAACUGUUCAGUCCCCACCUAAUUUUACACAGCAUGUGAGGGAGCAGAGCCUGGUGACAGAUCAGCUCAGCCGGCGGCUUGUCCGUACCUACCAGCUGUACAGCCGGACCAGCGGGAAACAUGUGCAGAUCUUGGACAACAAGAAAAUCAAUGCGAUGGCAGAGGAUGGGGAUGUGCACGCCAAGCUCAUCGUGGAGACGGACACCUUUGGGAGCCGCGUGCGUAUCAAGGGGGCGGCCACAGGUUUCUACAUCUGCAUGAACAAGAAGGGGAAGCUGAUUGGCAAGAGCAACGGCAAAGGCAAGGACUGCGUGUUCACGGAGAUCGUGCUGGAGAACAACUACACGGCGCUGCAGAACGCCAAGUACGAGGGCUGGUACAUGGCCUUCACCCGCAAGGGCCGCCCCCGCAAGGGCUCCAAGACCCGGCAGCACCAGCGCGAGGUGCACUUCAUGAAGAGGCUUCCCAAGGGCCACCAGACCACCGAGCCCCACAGGCGCUUCGAGUUCCUCAACUACCCCUUCAACCGGAGGAGCAAAAGGACUAGAAACUCCAGAGCUGGCCCGUGAUGCGCCUGCGUCCCUCCUGGAGGAUGCUCCUCUGA